AUGAGGGAGGGGGUUGCUGCUGUAGAUUGCUGCAGCAGAUUGGGCAAUCUACAACAGGGCCCAAAGCUGUCGGCAGCUACUGUGGAUUGCUGCUUGCUGCAGCAGAUUAUAGAGGUUGUAGUUCACUGGAAGAUGGCCGCGAAAAUUGCAGCGAUACUCAAGACUACGAGCAGAAACUCAAAUGGAAGCUGUGUUGGUUUAUGGGCUCUUCCAGCUUCUGCUGCUUCUGCAGAGUCACAGCGAGACGGCUGUCCAACAACGUGCGGGAAUGUUGACAUCCCCUACCCAUUCGGCAUCGGCCCCAACUGCUUCAUGGAGGGCUUCGAGCUGUAUUGCAACAAGACUGAAGCUGGCAUCGAGAAACCUUUUGUGUUCAAUGUCGAGGUCAUCAACAUCUCGGUGCAGCUGGGCCAAGCACGCUUGCUCAGUCCAGUAUCGUCGCAGUGUUACAAUACAAACACCAAUUCGAGUGACUAUUACGUAUGGAGAAUGAAUUUUUAUGACACCCCAUACAGAUUUUCCGAUGUCCACAACAAGUUCACUAUCAUUGGCUGCAACACCCUUGCCUACAUAGGAAGCCCUCGAGACAACAACAGCUACGAGAGUGGUUGUGUGUCUGUGUGCCACAAUGAGGACAGCCUGGUUGAUGAUUCGUGCUCCGGCAUCGGCUGCUGCCAAACCUCCAUCCCGGAGAACCUCACACACUACAAUAUCCAGUUCGAUGCAAACUUCGACAGCUCAAGCAUCUGGGAGUUCAGCCCUUGCAGCUAUGCCAUACUGCUGGAGGCCAGUUGGUUCAAGUUCCACGAGACUUACAUCACCACCAACCAAUUGCGGAACAAGACAGAUGGCUGGGCACCGGUAGUGGUGGACUGGGCGAUCAGAAACGAGACAUGCGAGGUGGCAAUGCUCAACCAUAACUCUUACGCCUGCAUCAGUGCAAACAGUGUGUGCUUGAGCUCCACCAAUGGUCCUGGAUAUCUCUGUAAUUGUUCAAGUGGCUACCAAGGCAACCCCUAUAUCCACAAUGGAUGCCAAGACAUCGAUGAAUGUGACUAUAAUGAUAAAUAUCCUUGCCAUGGCAUCUGCACCAACACACCUGGUGGCUAUUACUGUUCCUGUCCGCAAGGCACACACGGCAAGGCUUCAAUUGCAGAGUGCACCCCAGACCAGAAACUUCCCUCAGCAGUGAAGGUGGUUAUAGGUACCUCCAGCAGUCUAGCCUUUCUAUUGUUAUGUAGCUUGUGCAUCUACAUGGUUUAUGAAAGAAGAAGAUUUACCAAGGUUAAAGAAGAUAUUUUAAAGAAUAUGGAGGCUGGCUAUUGCUGGAAGAGAUCAAGGGAAAACAAGGCGUUGCAUUCAAGAUAUUCACAAACCAAGAACUAGAACAGGCGUUGAUUCUAUUUAUAACUGCAAACUGUGUUCUGCAACUUUACGAACGAGUUUCAACAUUUAGACGUAAAACUGCAUUUAGAUGUAAAUCAGCUUUCCUCGCACAAUCAUCAGA